ACAGAAAGUAAAUAAAUAAACAAAAUGGUUUCUGUUUCUAGUUGCGUAUCUGAAUUGAAUAAUUUUAGAAUAAAUAAUAUCUAUCUUUCUAUUUAAUUAAAAUGAAAUCAGGAAUGCUAGAUAUCAAUCGGCUUUGUUAAUUGAAAUUUGUCACAGAAAGGUUAAUAACAACGUAAAAAUGGUAUCUAUUUUCGGUGCGAAUUCGAUGUUAAUCAGCCCAUCCAAACAUUUUCUUAGACUUUGCCAUCCAUUAGGAGCUUUCUUUGGUGCCAAAGAUGGACACAAGACAAUAUUCGAAUCAAAGCAGCUUUCUACUAAUUCUGUACCUCAAUCAGUACAAGUUAUCAUUUGCGGAGCUGGUGCCGUUGGAAAUUCUGUUGCCUAUCAUAUGAACCAAAAUAAUUGGAAGGAUAUUGUAGUGUUGGAGCAAAGCAAAAUUGGUAGUGGUGAUUCUUGGCGGAGUUGUGGCAUUGUUGGCCAUUUUCAUUCUACUACUGAAGGUCGUUUGACAACAUACAGCUCUGAGUUAUAUAAACAAUUACAGAAUGAAGGUCAUGAUAUUGGGUACAGAACAACAGGUUCUGUUAAUAUUGCCAGAACAAAAGAAAGAAUGAUAGAAUUAAGAAGACUUGAAGCUGAAGCAAGGAUCCAUGGAAUCAAGUGUGAGAUUUUAGAUUCAAAAUCAAUCAAGAAAUUUCAUCCUUUUGCCAAAACAGAAGAUCUAGAAGGUGGUAUAUGGGUCCCAAAUGAUGGAGUUGUUAAUCCUCUUAGUGUUUGCAAUGCUUUAGCAAAAGUGUCACAAGAUAAAGGUGUUAAAUAUUUUGAAGGUUGCAAAGUGUUAGAAAUUUUGACUAAUGGUUGGAAAGUGACUGGAGUUAAAACCAAUUUAGGUGUAAUUCAUUGUGAAUAUCUCAUCUUAUGUACAGGAAUGUGGACAAGAAACUUGGGUAUAAGCUGUAUUCCAACUUUCCGUGUGCCUAUCCACCCAGCAGAAAAUGGCUAUGUUCUCACUAGACCUGUACCAGGUCUAACACCUACCACUCCAAUUCUUAGGGAUUAUGAUGCUGGCAUGUAUUGUCGAGUAUAUGAUACAGGCUUUCUUGUUGGUGGUUUUCCUAAAAGAGCUAGACCCUUGUUUGUCGAUAAAAUGCCUGAUUACUUUGCAUUUCAAGAACUCACUCCAAAUUGGGAUUACUUCAAACCUGUGUAUGAACAGGCACUUUUUCGAGUGCCUAUUUUGAAUCAAGUAGAUAUUCAUCGUUACGUAACUGGACCAGACACUUUUUCACCUGAUGGUCAUUGGGUUCUUGGUGAAACGUCAGAAGUUGAUAAUUUAUAUGUUGCGGUUGGCAUGAAUGUUAAUGCAGUACAAGGAGCUGGAGGGAUUGGCAAAGAGUUGGCUGAUUGGAUCACCACUGGACAACCAAAAGCAUAUUUACUGCCAUUCGAUAUCAGAAGAUUCAUUGAUUUUCACAACAAUCUGAAGUUUUUAAGUGAUCGAGUUCAAGAAGCUGUUGGUUAUAACUACUCUAUUCGCCAUCCGUUGUUAUGUGAAUUCAAGACAGCUCGAAAAUCUCGUUGUUCUCCCCUCUUCACAAUGCAAAAAGAAGCAGGAGCAGUAUUUGGUGAGAGGAUGGGUUUUGAAAGAGUUUUAUAUUAUGACCCUGAAAAGCCAAAAGAAGAAUGCAUGGACCCACCCAAGAUAGAAUUUGGUAAGCCAUCCUGGUUUGAAAAGGUUCGCGAAGAAUAUUACGCCUGCAGAGAACGAGUAGGAAUCAUUGAUAUGUCUUCUUUUACUAAAUUCCAUUUGAAAUCAGGUGGGACUGAAAUUGUAGAUUUAUUACAACUGCUUUGUUCCAAUGAUAUUGAUGUACCAGUUGGAAGUCUUGUUUCAUCUGGGAUGCAAAAUGAUCAAGGAUGUUAUGAGAAUGAUUGCCUUUUACUGAGGAGAGCACACAAUUGUUAUUUCAUGGUGUCACCCACUGCCCAGCAAACUCGUAUUGGUGAAUGGAUGAGAAGACACAUGCCAAAAGAUGGAUCCAUAUCCAUGAGUGAUGUCACAUCCAUGUAUACAGUGCUUAAUGUGGUUGGGCCAAAAUCUAAAGAACUCAUGUCUGAGUUGACAAGAACUGAAAUGGAUGUUCCAGGAUUUACAUGCAAGAAAAUAAAUGUUGGAUAUGCCAGUGAAGUGCUUGUAAUGGGCUUCAAUAAUACUGGAGAGCCAGGUUAUUCACUUUAUAUACCAUCAGAGUAUGCCCUUCAUGUUUACACUAAUCUUCUAAAUGUUGGAAAAGACUAUGGUGUUCGAAAUGUUGGAUACUAUGCCUUACGUUUCCUCAGAAUUGAAAAGUUUAUACCAUUUUGGGCAGAAGAACUUGACAGCCAUACUACACCUUUUGAAGUUGGAAGAGGCUUCAAAGUUAAAAUGCAAAAAAAUCACUUUCUGGGUAAAGCUGCAUUGCAACAACAAUUGGAGCAGGGCUUAACGAGACGUUUGGCACACUUCCAACUUGAGAAACACAAUCACGAAGCAGACAUAUGGAGUUGGGGCAGAGAACCUAUCUACAGAAAUGGCCAGUACGUGGGGAAAACAACCUCCUCUGGAUACGGCUUUACUUCAGAACGAGUCAUUUGUUUAGGAUUUGUUCACAACUACGAUGAAAAGACUGGAGAACCGCAAGUUGUUUCGCCAGAAUUCUUUUCCAAUAAUGCUCAUUUUGAAAUUGAAAUUGCUGGGAAGAAGUAUCCAGCUAAAGCUAGUCUGCAUGCUCCCCAAAUACCUAUUGUUAGUAUGAAUGGAACAAGUACAAAGUAUAUGCCAAAAGCAAGGAUAGACACAAUUUCCCAAUCCACUUUAGAUGGCUAGCCUUAGGAUUUUACUGCAGAGGACAAUAGCGUGUGUAAAUAUUUUAAAAGUUUAACUGGUCAGUUUUUAAAACUUAUUUUU